UAAUUUAUGGGCUUUCUGUCAGGCUGGGAAAUCAGAUUCUCUGAACUCCAGAAAUAAAUUUACUUUCUAAGGUGACCACUCAGCUGACAGAGGUGUGUUGGAAUCAUGGGCUUCUCUAGAGACUCGUGUGAGUUUGGCUUCUUCACAUACUCCCCUUUGGUGUAUCAAGAAGUGCUUUGUGCUGUCUCCUGUGGCUUCGUUUGGUUGGUCAUGUACAUGCUCAGGCAAAACUGGAAGUUGAGCAGGACGCAUGGCGCUGCUUUGGGUUGCUGUGUGGUGUUGCCCUGUUUCACAUAAAUUUUGUCUCCUUGGGGAAAGCUCCAAUACUGCAGGUAACUGUAAUAUAGUUCUUUGUGGUAGACAUUCUCACGCUUUUGAUGAUAAAGCCACCACUACGCACCUUACCAAACACAAAUAAGAGCUUUUGCAGUGUUGGAGUAUUUUCGCAGAGGGCCAGAGGAGCAGUUGUACAGACAUGUGAGUCCAUCUCCAGCAGUAAAUCCUCCUUUGCUGACCUGCAGCUACACCUUUUCUCUGGAUUUCUUUUUGCUGUGAAAAAUUGUCUGAUAGUGCUAACCUCCACUUGUGGCUUGGAAAGAAGGGAAGCAUACCCACAAGUUCAUAGCUGAUACUGCUCUAACAGGGGUUUCAACCACAGGAUUUUUUUUUUAACAAAAUAGCUAUUUCAGAAUUCUUUGGUCAGGUUCAGUAAGGAAAUGGUUAGCAUGCAAGAAUACUUUAAAUAUUUCUCCUCGUCUUCUUACUUCAAGCCGUAUCAUUCACUAGGGUUCUAAGCUAGCAGGAUUUAAAGAUUUCCUGGUGAACAAGCCCAUAAAGAAGUGUAUACAUAAUAGCAAAGAAAAAGUCACUUCCAUCCAAAAUGUUACCUAUUUUCACCUUCCAGGCUGCAUUGUGUGCACUUGUUAUUCUUGAAGCUUGCAGGGAUGUGACAACGGUAGAUGUGAGAGUGUGCGACUAUGUUAUUUUUGACCUUGACUAUGCCCAAUUGGAGCGGUCCUUUUGGAUCAGCUGGCACAAGGGAAAUAAGUCCACACAGCGCUGGACGUAUGACAACACCAGGCAUGGCCAGAACAUUCGUGUCUUUCCUAAUGGGACGUUGGGGCUCCGCGUGGUUGGGAAAGAGGAUGCAGGAUGGUACACAGCCACAGUGUGCAACAGUUCUCAGCAUUGUCUCUACCAAAGCAAAUUUCAGCUACGUGUGCAUGGGCACCUUGUCAGAGGGCAUGUAGGUGACUGUGUUACUUUUGACCUGAACUGCGUGCAAUCAGUCAGGUACAUCCAUAUCAUGUGGAAGAAAGAAAACCAGCGAGUGGCCAAGAUAAGACAGGCAGAAAAUGCCCCUGUGAUCUACUGCAACAGAGCCCACGUGUUCCCUAACGGCAGCUUGAGCCGUUGCCCCACACAAUGGGGGGAUGAGGGAGAGUAUGUGGCAGAAGUAUAUGAUGAGGAUGGCUUCCAUUUGCAUCAGGAAACUUUUAACCUGGAACUGCAUAGAGUGGAAACAUUCAAAGAAAUCACAGAAUUUAUUGGUGGAUCCAUGUUCUUGAAUCUAACAGAGACAAAGCUGAAACACUUCUUCCAGGUAGUCUGGAAAAAAGAAAACAGAGAAAUUGCUUGGACAAAUGGUUCUUGGGUUUGGUACCAUGAGGAAUAUUGUAACAGGUCUGAGAUUGUGUCUAAUUACAGUCUCAGACUAGACAGGAUUCAGAAACGUGACUGUGGGAGAUAUUCUAUAGAAGCGAAUGACAGAAAUGGGAGAACUGUCUAUGAAUGCAUUGCUAAUGUGAAAGUUGAGCAAAAGGAGACAUUCGGAAGAAAUCCUCUUCAUGUACCAUUCUAUAUUCUCAUAGUAUCACUAGGAGUUGUAACUAUUACUGUCUUGGUUGCACUGAUAUGGCAUUUUCAGAAGCACAAAGACAGAUCAGUUUGGAUCACAGUACCAAGCAUUCGACGUGCAAGUUUGAUACUUACAGAUGACAGAGACAAUCCUGAGGAAGAUAAAGAAAGGGAGGAAAACAGUCCUUGUUCACAAAAUGGUGAAAAUCUUAGUGUGCAGGGAUUAGAUGGUACAAACUUCACUGAGCAAAAGACUAAUGAUUUGCUGAGAAACAACAAAGAGGCUAACCCAGCAACAGCUGACAAGGUGAUGUAUUCUGUUGUCUCCAGAUUUCAAGAUGGAGAAAGACCCAAGCUGCCAGGGCUCAAAAGUAUGAAAUCUGUAAAGCCUCAGGCUUCAGUUAAUGAAGCGUAUGUUGCCCCAAACAUUGAGAAGACCACCCGUCCAGAAUCUGAGCACUGCAAUCCUCACAGAUUUGAGGACUGCUUUUCACCAGAUUUUGAUCACUCCAUUCCCCCAGUGCUUGAUGGCUGUACUCCUGCAGAAUUCAGUUGGUGCAGUCCUCCAGGACUUGAGGACUUGAAGGAUGACUAUUUGCCUUCAGGAUCCACAGCGUCCUGCAAAUGCAGUGAAGGAGACAUGUCCUCUCAGUAUGCUGUGGUCAAGAGCACAAGGGGACUCCCAGAAGACAAGCCUGGAGAUUCAGUAUGCAGUUCUUCCCAUUGAUUUGCCAGAAAAAAAGUCCACAGUAUUUGACUUCAGGUUUUGACUCUUCCGUCUCUCCCAGCUAGCUUUGAGCUAACCUUGCAAUUCUGCUGUUCCUCAUAUAAAUCUGAUUCUUUCUUUGCUUUUGAGAAUUGGCUGGAAGCCUAAAAAGAAAUCUCUCUGUGGAUCAGUUUGUUUUCCACAGCUGAUGCCCUCUUCCCUCUGCUGAAGGUCUUCCAGGAGAACCCAUGAGGAACCCCUUGGAAAGCAGACAUGGUAAUUAUCCCUGAGAAGAGUUCAGUCCCUGCUUGUCUUUGCUUCCACUAACGGGUGUCACUGUCAAAAGAGAAGGACCUUGGGGAUUUCAGGAGGCCAGAGCAGGGCUCUGACCUCAGUCCCCCUCUCUUUUUGGGUGGUCCAUGCACCUGACUGAAUGGACAGGGAAACAGGGCAAGCACCUUAACGGCUCGGUGGAUGGGCGUGGUUUGCUUAAACCUUCAUCUAAUACAUACAAUGUUAAUAAAACUGCAGUUUAACUUGGUAGAUAUAAGCAUAAUCUUACUUCUGUUGCUUGCUUAGAGGAACGUGCUGCUUAGGUGGCAGUCAGUUCAAACUGUAUCAGGAGAUGGGAACUGAAGAACAUGCAGCAGCUUUGAUUUAGGAACUGUUGUUUUAGAAGGAAAAAAGAAAAGGAAGGAAAACAGAACAUUGCUAGCAGAUGGGUAUAGCCAUCUAUGUAAUUAAUGAGGAGCCUUGGUAAUUAAUGUUGUAUUUUCUGCAAUGCUUGUGUUAAAUUUUAUCUUAAAUGGUAUGUAGUAAUUUUAAGAUGGCUUUAUUUUAGUUAUAAGGUGCUGCUUGUAUGUUUCAUGAAGUAUGUUUUCUUACAGAAUGUUGAAUAAAAGUUGGUGGUUUUUUGUUAUUACUGAAAAGGCGUUCCUGAAUGUCAUUGAUUUGGUUUGCAUGGCAAGGUUUUGGUAGCAGGGGGGCUACAGGGGUGGCUUCUGUGAGAAGCUGAUAGAAGCUUCCCCCACGUCUGACAGAGCCAAAGCCAGCUGGCUCCAAGACGGCGGACCCUCUGCUGGGCCAAGGCCGAGCCCAUCAGCGAUGGUGGUGGCACCUCUGUGGUAACAUAUUUACAAAGAGGGAAAAGUUACUGCACAA